AGAAGAUGGCGACUUCGAACAAUCCGCGGAAAUUCAGCGAGAAGAUCGCGCUGCACAACCAGAAGCAGGCAGAGGAGACAGCGGCCUUCGAGGAGGUCAUGAAGGACCUGAGCCUGACGCGGGCCGCGCGGCUCCAGCUCCAGAAGUCUCAGUACCUGCAGCUGGGCCCAAGCCGUGGCCAGUACUACGGCGGGUCCCUGCCAAACGUGAACCAGAUUGGGAGUGGCACCGUGGAUCUGCCCUUCCAGCCCAGCGGAUAUCUGGGGGAGGCCCUGGCAGCGGCUCCUGUCUCUCUGACACCCUUCCAGUCCUCAGGCCUGGACACCAGCCGAACCACCCGGCACCACGGGCUGGUGGACAGAGUAUACCGAGAGCGUGGCCGGCUUGGCUCCCCACAUCGCCGGCCCUUGUCAGUGGACAAACAUGGACGGCAGGCGGACAGCUGCCCAUACGGCACCGUGUACCUCUCGCCGCCCGCGGACACCAGCUGGAGAAGGACCAAUUCUGACUCUGCCCUGCACCAGAGCACAAUGACACCCACCCAGCCAGAGCCCUUUACAGGCGGGUCCCAGGACGCACACCAGAAAAGAGUCUUACUAUUAACAGUUCCAGGAAUGGAGGAAACCACAUCAGAGACAGAUAAGAAUCUUUCUAAGCAAGCAUGGGACACCAAGAAGACGGGGUCCAGGCCCAAGUCCUGUGAGGUCCCUGGGAUCAACAUCUUUCCAUCCGCUGACCAGGAAAACACUACAGCCCUGAUCCCCGCCACCCACAACACAGGGGGCUCCCUGCCCGACCUGACCAACAUACACUUCCCCUCCCCCCUCCCGACCCCACUGGACCCUGAGGAGCCCACCUUCCCUGCGCUCAGCAGCUCCAGCAGCACCGGCAACCUUGCAGCCAACCUGACUCAUCUGGGCAUCGGUGGCGCCAGCCAGGGGAUGAGCACACCAGGCUCCUCACCACAGCACCGCCCAGCUGGUGUCAGCCCGUUGUCCCUGAGCACGGAGGCGAGGAGGCAGCAGGCCCAGCAGGUGUCACCCACCCUCUCCCAGCUGUCACCCAUCACUCAGGCUGUGGCCAUGGAUGCCCUGUCUCUGGAGCAGCAGCUGCCCUACGCCUUCUUCACCCAGGCAGGCUCCCAGCAGCCACCGCCGCCGCAGCCCCAGCCCCCUCCACCGCCACCGCCCGCAUCCCAGCAGCAGCCGCCCCCGCCACCCCCGCAGGUGCCCGUCGGCCUCCCCCCAGGCGGCCCCCUGAUGCCAAGUGCCAGCUUGACGCGGGGCCCCCAGCUGCCCCCACUCGCGGUCACGGUACCGUCCUCUCUCCCCCAGUCCCCCCCAGAGAACCCGGGCCAGCCGCCAAUGGGGAUCGACAUUACCUCGGCGCCGGCUCUGCAGCAGUACCGUGCUAGUGCCGGCUCCCCGGCUAACCAGUCUCCCACCUCACCUGUCUCCAAUCAAGGCUUCUCCCCUGGGAGCUCCCCACAACACUCCUCCACCUUGGGCAGCGUGUUUGGGGACUCGUACUAUGAGCAGCAGAUGGCGGCCAGGCAGGCCAAUGCUCUGUCCCACCAGCUGGAGCAGUUCAACAUGAUGGAGAAUGCCAUCAGCUCCAGCAGCCUGUACAGCCCGGGCUCGACACUCAACUACUCACAGGCGGCCAUGAUGGGCCUCACAGGCAGCCAUGGGAGCCUGCCAGACACGCAGCAGCUUGGCUACCCCAGCCAUAGCAGCAUCCCCAACAUCAUCCUCACAGUGACGGGAGAGUCCCCUCCCAGCCUCUCUAAAGAACUGACCAGCACACUGGCUGGAGUCGGUGACGUCAGCUUCGACUCCGACAACCAGUUCCCCCUGGAUGAACUCAAGAUUGACCCCCUGACCCUGGACGGACUGCACAUGCUCAACGACCCUGACAUGGUCCUGGCCGACCCGGCCACCGAGGACACCUUCCGGAUGGACCGUCUGUGAGCUGCACAUCUGGCACAUCGCCGCCCAGCCCCCGGCUCCAUCACCCCGCCGGUCAGUGGUCCCGACGGCGUCUCCCUGAGCCCAGGGACGGCCGCGCUCCGUCCUUCGCAAACGGCCGAGCUUGUGAUUCUGAGCUUGCAAUGCCGCCAAGCGCCCCCUGCCCACCCGCCCGCCCUCAGCUGUCCACCUCCCUCGGGAGGCCGCGUGUCACCCCCGCGGAUCCUCCCUGCGCGUGCUCUUUCGCCCCCCACCCUGGGCCAUGAGCCGUCCCCCUGUAAAAUGCGGAAAGCGUGUUGGGCAGGGCCGCCGGCCUGGAGGGGGCGCUGUGGUCCACGGCGGCGGUGGGCUGAGGUGCAUUUUCCGACUGUUGUCCAGCUCUCACUGCCUUCCUUCGUUCCUGGCCCCCCCUACCCGCCAGCCACCCCCAGCCCAAGGUUAGGUAGCGAGCCAGCCCCACCCUGCCAAAGGGAGAAGGUGCCAGAGAGAGGGGCAGACACAAAGUGAAAUAAACACUAUUUUGACUGCUGUCUUUUAUAUUUCUGAGCACAUUCAGAGAAUGCUAGAAUCCGUCCCAUGGAGGUAGACUAUACAAGGUGUGAACAGAGCAUGCAAAGCAGCUAAAUCUUCCCGGGACCCAUGCUCCCGCUUUGCCCACCCCCAGCCAGAUCCCUCUAUGGCCACCUUUGCCCUGAAAGUGAAGCCCCUGGCCAGGAUGAAGGGGCCUGCCGGGGCUUGCAUGUGGAGGCAGGGAUUAUUUCUGGGGGUGGUUUUCAUCUCUCAACCUGUUUUCAUCUUUUCUUCCUGUACCGUGGUCACUGUUACUGUUAUUUAAAGAAUGGGGUGGGGAGGGGGUGGCCAGGGUAUUUUUGUUGUGUUUUUGUUUAUUUGUUUCUUUUGGUUUGUAUUUACACUUUGGUUGUAGAUGAGUAGCUGACUCCUUCAAUCCAAUACUUGCCUGAGAGCAUGUUUUUAUUCCAGAAAUCCCAUGUUAUAUAUAUUUUUAAGCUAACUGGAAGCGAUCUGCUGCCUGCCGGGUCUGAGCUGUGUCUCUGGCCGUUUUACCUAAGGCGCACGUUAUCUCUAAAUGGAAGGGCUGAGUGAGGGCGGGUUGGGCCUGGUAGGGUCUCUGGCAGAAGCUCCAAGUGGCCGGAGGUGCCUCCACUCCAGCCAUGUGGCAGACUCCCAGGAAGGAGCCACGGCUUUUAUUAAGGGUCUCUCGAAGAUCCACCUCUGCCUGGCCAUCCUCAAGGUGCCUGCCGGUCCUCAGGGAGGACUAGUCCCAGACCCCGAGGCUGGCAGCAGCUGCAGCCCCUCUGCCCUAACACCCCCCCGCCCCGUGAUGAGGCUGCCCUCUCCCCCAAUCCCACCCCCGAGAACCGGCUGACAUUUGUUCCCUCCAGCCACCCCUUUCAUGGCUCCUCCUGGCAGGGCUGGAUUCGGAGGCAAAGAGCAGUGUGUGUUGUAGUGGCAGCUUUCCAAGUGCUUCUUGAAGUGGCUCUGGAGGCUGAGGUGACCAUCUGGGCUUGGCUGCCAUGCUGGGGGCUGUCCAUGUGCCCCCCAGGGCCUGGGGGUAAAGUGGUAGGGGUGUCUUUGUUUUCUGUCCGCUGCUCUGAGGUGGAAACUUCUGUCUCGUCCCUUCGAAGCUGGAUCUCGAGCUCUCGCUGGCUCGUUGGCCUGCAGGUUGGGCUGGCACCUUCUGCUCGGUGCAUAAUUUAUCUGUGGUGUUGCAGCCACUGCCUCUAGGUCUUGAGAGCCCUUGGCUCCGUCCUUGUGGGAGCCAGAAUUGAUCCCAGCGACAUCCCUCCCUCUCAUUCCCGGGCCAGGCUGUUAGCACAUGGCCAAGCGACUGGGCGGCCACAGGCGCAAGAAGGCUCCUUCCUCAGUCAUUUGGCCCCUGCUGCCCUCAUGUGGGCUUGGGGACACGGGGUCAGUCCGUCCCAGUCGAGGGCCCAGCCUCUUACUGAGGCAGGGGCUGGGAGCAAAGAGAAUUUUUUUUUUUAAAGAAAAACUACAUGUACAUAGAAGAGUUUGAUUAUCAUUAGACUUGUGUGUAGAACUUUUUAAAAAAAUGGCCUUAAUAAAAUUACAAGCAACCUUCCUGGAUGCAAUUUUCAAACAAGGCAUCGGGGACCCUGUGAAGGAGCCUCGUCAGCCCAUCCUUUCUGUCUGCUCGGCGCCCAGUCCUCAGUGCAGAUGGGCAGGAGAGGGAGGGCCUCCACCCCCCGCAGCCUAUGUCCCACAUCCCUUGGGCUGGGGGCACAGGUGACAUUGUAUUUACAUGGCCACUUUGGCCCAUGACAGGCAUAGGUGCAGUUUGCCUAGGGAGGGGGUCCCAGCCAGGAGCCAGUGGCCAGAUGUCCCUGUGUCCCCAAAGGGUUUACACUCCUGCCUGGGCCUGGUCAGGCCUCCUGAGGUCUGCAACGGGGGAUUGUGCUUAUUUCUUAAAUAUUGCUUCUCUACUAAAUAUUCUUGAAUUGCCAAGAUUUCCUGAAACAGGACAGCCUAAGGGAACCAGCCCUUUGUGAUGUGAAAAUACUGUGAUUUUAGGCGAGCUGCGCCAUGAGGGGUGGGCCGGGGCCCCUGAAUAUUGUAUAUAGACCCGCCGCCUGUGUGCUCGCUUGCUCGCUCGCUCGUUUGGGACAGGCCUGGAAUGCUCAGCCCACGUGAAGUCAGAGGCCAAGCCAGUCUGUCCCCCCGCCACUGCCCCCCAGUGCUCCCAAUCUCAGUCUUCUUAGCUGUGUGAACUUCUGCCCCGGGAACAAGCAAGUAUGUUCCCGCCUGCCUCAGUUUACCCUCUGUUCCCCAGCCCCCAAGACAGUGAGUUUAUUACCCCCAGGGACACUUGCCCAAAGUAGAGCCUGGGAUCAGCCCCUCUCUGUGUUCUCCAGAGAAGAGGGCUUAUGCCCCUGUCCCCUCAACACGUACCCAUCAAAGUCACCCUCCACAAUGUCCAGGGCUGACGUGGGGGAGGAGAAGGGGUCUUGUCAGACUUGUGUUCCCUGUCACAGGUACCCAUGCCAACCUCCAUCCCCCCCCCCCCCCCCCCGCACUGAGUCCUUCCAGGGGGAAGGUAGGCAGCGCUCUUCAGGGCGUCCUGCAGCGGCCUCCCUGUUCUCACAUACCCUGCUUCCUCCCGGCACUCUACUGGGCAGGAAGGGCUGGGGGUGGCCUGCCCUUUUGGGGCAAGGGGUUCUGAACACUCAGUGGAAAGCUCAGGAGGCAGAUUGACCUUUCAGCAAACGUUAGAGGCCCACAGCUAACGGCAUCCAAAAACUGUUUGCGCUCCCCUGUGGGGGCAAAGCCAGAGCAAAAUUAUGGUGGGUCCCGUCUGCCCAGCCAUUGCCGUCCAUAGGACUCCCUGGGACCAGCCAGGCCUAAGGGAAGGACAGCCGUGUGUGUUUGUGGCCCUUGCCACAGCAGCACCUCCACAUAGACCUCCCUGCUGGCUUCUGAGCCACCCGCCUGCCCCAGGGGUAUGCAUUAAGGGCAGGGGUCCUGCCUUUGCAGCUGCGUUCUGAUCUUGUGUAUUUCUGGGGUUUGGUGGUUGGGAAGAAGGGUUCUGACUGUGUGUGGCCUGAUUUCUUUGGGUGGCUGCGCUCCCUGGAGGCUGCCUAGCCAAGUGGGCCCUGUUGUGAGGCCCAUGUGUCAUAGUGGAGCAGGCAAGGCUGGAUGUCAGACACCAUGAGACCCCCACACGGAGGGUGAGAAGGCUCUAUGGCUCUAUGUCCAUUCCUAUGUCUAGCAGUGGGUGUACGGUUUGCAGGUUGUAUGCCAGGUGCUAGCUGCAGCCUAGUCAGGCAGGACGGGAGCAGGUGCCAGGUCUGUGGGGGAGCUGGGCGGGGCUCAGGCAGCAGGGGCUGCCUUCCCCCGCAUCCGGCAUCCUGGACCUGAUAAGCCCCUAUGAGGGGCUGUCCUUCGAGGGGCCCUCAGGGGAGCUGAGCCCCCCUCCCCAGACCUCCACAUCUCAGCCAACCCUGAGCUGGUUCAAAUAUCCUUUCAAACUCCCACCCCCAACUGGAUUCUGGGUUUUCUGCAUUCCCAAAGAAGGAUCCCCACUCCUGGGUACAGGCUGGGUGUGGUAAGCCCUGGUAGUAUUAGGGGGCCCUCACCCCCUACCCUGGUCCUGACAAAGCAGCAGUAGCAGCACCCAUCACCCUCCCUGGGUUCUCAUAGAACCGUGGUUAAGAGACCACAGUACUUAGAGUGUGGGGGUAGGGUGUGGGGGCCGCAAGGUCGAGGGUACCCAGUGCCCCUGGACUUGUCCUGUCACUGCUUGUGGGUGCUCCAAGUAAGAGAGCUGUGGCCACCUGAACCCUUCCCACUUGGCUUGCAGAGCUCCGGGGGUGUGGGGAAUGCAUUCUUCCCCCACUGCUGGAGGUCUGCCUAGGUAUGGGGGCAUCCGGAUUUGUCGCUGCUCCUUUCUCCUUGGAACCUAGGCCCCCACCUCCUGGGAGUCUCACGGUGUGUGACUGGGGGUUCCUGGAACAUUCCCCCAUCAGGCCCUGCCCAGCCUGCACUGUCUCAGUCCAUGGUUUCUCUUGGCCUUUGGCCUCCAGGGUUCCUGGUUGGGUGGGGUUCAGGCACCUCUCUAACCCUCCGUGUGCCACAGGCAACUGGUCACAGACAUGUUCUCUCCAAAGUGGCCACUCCCCAGGAGGGAGGUGAGGUGACCUGCCCCCACCCAGGCCUGGGCGCUAGGGUACUCUCAGAGGUAUGGGGGGUGGCAACUGGAAAAAGAUCCUUGUGACCCGGGCCUCAGUUUCCCUCCUAUCACUGGCUCAGACCCAUGGGUCUUGAGUCCUUAAGCUUCCCUGGCAGGGUCAGGAGUAAGGGCUGAACGUCAGAGUGAUGCUGGCUCCAGACAGUUCCCUCUGCCUUCUGUCCUCUUGACCAGCCCUCAGUAUCCUGUCCCAAGAUGCCAGGGACACGUGGUACAUCCCGGGAGUGGUGUUACCCCCAUCUCACAGUGUUCUGGAGUUUGGGGGCAGUUGAUGCCCAACCCAUCCAGCCCAUCACUUCUGACCUCUUGCCCACUUGGGAUAGGUGGACACAGCCGUGGCCUUUGCCACCAGGCCCUGAGAAGGGGGGCUUUGGCAGCCAAGGUCCACUGACCCCGCUGUGCCCCGCCAUAGAAAACUGCCCCCCUGGGCGGCACCACUGAUAUAUGCAAACCUGCUGGUCCGAGCCCUGCUUCGCCUGUGUUCCUCUGUCCCCAGGCUGGCUCUGCCCCCCUCCCCAGCAUGUACACUCUGCUGUGGAUGUCCCGUGGGCCGUGGGUUGGGUGCCCAUGGCGGGUGGGGGCGGGCGGCUCAGGGCGCACUCGGCCGGCCCCUGCCCAUCCUCUCUGGCGUGGACGCUUUUGUCUUUGUACCUUUGCAUCCUUUGUAAUGAAACAUAAUAAAAAUCCAAUGUUUUC